ACGUCCCUUCCCCAUUGAAGUUGGAAUUUAAAAUGGUUAGGGUAAGUGUAAAGGUAGGAGUUAGAGUUACUAUCUUGAUUUACAAUCUUCUUCAAGAGAGUGUAUAAGAAAAAUAACGUAGCUACAAACAUGGGUGUAAUUUAGCUAUCACCAAAAUAAGCAGACCAUAACUUGAUGUUAUACUGAUAGGGCUUCACAUAGACUGUUACCUUUUGGAGGAGAAAUACAAGUUUAUUGCGUUUGUUUUUAUUGAAACUUGAUUUAACUAAAACUUUGAAAUAGUGGUAAAGGGGACCGUUUUUCACAGAAGUGUGGUUGUCAUAAUUUCAAGGGAUUAUAGUUCUACCUAUGUUUCUUAUUGCUAUGAAAAUGUAAUGGCCUACAAUUACCUGCAUUUAAUUGAGGUAAUAAUUGAGGAGCAAACAUGAGUAACUCAGAAAACAGACCAAAUAUUGUGAGAUCCAAAAAUGAUGUCAAGUCCUUUCUUGGAAUUGUUGACAUUGUGAUGAGAAAAUUGCCACAAAUACCACUAUGUUGCUAUGUGGAAGGCCAUUGCCUGAAUCUGUUUUUACGAUGGCCGGAUAUCUAUAUCUGUAUCUAUAUCAAGAUACCCUCAUUAAGGAACACUUUACCAGAGCAUGGCAAUAAACUGUCUCUCACUAUCAAAAAACAAAAUGUCAUCUGCAGAUGAUGAUUACCAGACAGGAGGCACAUCACCAUCACAGUACGUAUGACACAUCUGAAAGACUGUAGGAAAGCAUGACUAGAGAGCCUAUAUAAAAAGGGAGACCACACAGGUGUCUUCAGAGAGACAGAAACGGUGUGUACUGAAUCAACUAUCUACAGCAUCUUGAUCCACGGAGCCACCAUGAAGUCCCAGUUGUUCUCUCUGCUGCUGCUGUGUGUGCUGUGUGUAAGGGAGGUUCGAUUGGAGGACGCUGCGACUGUGAGAGCUGUGCGGCUCUGUGGACGGGAGUUCCUGAGGGCCGUGGUGUACACCUGUGGAGGGUCAAGGUGGAGAAGGCUUCCAGUAGAGGACAUAAAUGGAAGGGUGGACCAGAAUGGUCUGAAACCAUGGGGGGCUGAGCCUGUGAUGGACCAGAGACGACGAGACUUGAACGAAGCCCUGACCACCGUGUGCUGUCAACUGGGCUGUCGGAAGAGCGACCUUACAAUCAUGUGCUAGGGGCCAAUGCGCAGGCAUUGGCGACAAGGCGUUAAUGUUUGUUGGAAAAUAGUCCUUAUUCAAUAUAGUUGUUUGGCUUCAAUGGAUGUCAGCUAAAGAUAUCAUUAAUUCCAAUUACUUUCAUUUACUUUUAUCAUGACUUUCAAUGAAAUUCCCCCAUUGAUCUUAUCAGCAAUAAAAAUUGGACUUGUA